AAAAUACCCAAACCGAACAGCGUCGUUUAAUUCUUCAAGUCCCACGAAUAGCUGCGCUCCCGGGUUUGGCUCCUCAGAGCGCCUGAGAAAUUGCGUAAAGAGUUUUUGUUGGCUUAGACCAGGUUCAUUUUGUGGUUAUGUCAAUGAAAAUCUGGUAACAUCAUUAACAAGUGGCAAGCACAUGAAGUUUUACUGUGAAGGAGAUUAAAUUAUUUAAUCUGCAAGAAGAUGAAUACUACUCCUAACAGAAGGUCACAUGAAGAUGGUAGCAAUGGCAGUGGUAGUGGUAGUGGCAAUGUGGGUGGUAGUGGCAGUCAUAGUCACUCCUCUACCUUGAAAUACCCACACGACGACCAUGGCACAUUCUCUAGUGUUGGCGGGAAGGUGGCAACAUCAGCCAGGCAUGAGUACCAUGCUCCAUAUGAUAUGGGUCAGGAUGCUCGGAUGCCUAAGAUUAUGCCGCGAAAUGAGUCACGUGAUGCGGACAGGAGAUCGCCAGUGCUUCCAAAUAUGUUGUUCAGGGUAUCAUCAUCAUCAAAUGAGUCACAUGCCGAACAUGUUGUUGGUUUGGAGAGCAGGCUGGAAUGGAGGGAUUCCAAAGACUCUGACAAAGAUGUUAAGGUUGAGAACCGUGAUGUUAUAGCUGAACCAAGGGAGUUGCACCAGAGUGGUAAAGGUGAUAAGAAUGUGAAGCACGAGAGUCGAGUUGAUGAUAAUAAAGAUGCAAAGCUUGAAAAGGACACUUUUCCAGAACAUAAAGGUGACAUGAAGCUGGAUAAGGAGGGUUUUAAUGGAUCUAAUAGUCACUUGAAUUGGAAAGAUUCUAAAGAACACCAUGGUAAACAGUAUCCUGAUGCACCUGGAGGAAAUGUGGAUCCCUGGCAUUCCUCACGUACCAAUGUGCAUGGUCCAACUGACUCAGCGAAGGAAGUCCCAAAUGUUGAGGACAGGGACUUUCCUGAAGCUCGUGAAGCUGUUGGAGAGAACAAGGUUGAUUUGAAAGGGGAUGAUAAGUUCAAAGAGAAAGAUAGAAAGAGGAAAGAAGUGAAACAUCGGGACUGGGGUGAGAGGGAAAAAGAAAGAGGUGAUCGACGGAACAACUUGCAAUUGGACAAUACCAGUAGUGAGAACAAAGAGGUAGUAAGGGAAGAUAGAGAGUCAGAGAGGUGGGGGAGUGAAAAGAAAGAUCCUAUGAAAGACAAAGAAAAACUGAAUGACAGGACAAAGGAUUUUGUGAAAAGGGAAGCAUGGAAUGGAGCCGAGAAAGAUACUUCCCACAGCGAGAAAGAACAGAUGGACAUCUCUGGAAGAUUUGCAGAACAGGAAAAUUUGACACUAGAACUGAAGAAACAGAAAGAUCUUGAUAGCUGGAAGAGUAUUGAGAGGGGUACAAGAGACAGGAAGAAGGAUAGGGAUGUAGACAUUGAAGCAGAAAGACCUGAUAAACGCAGUAGGUACCAUGAAAAAGAAUCUGAGGAAGGAGGUAUUGAUGACGAAGGGAGUACGGAAAGGGAAAUAGAUGCUUUUAAUAGUGGAAUUCAGCAGCGAAAGAGGAUGCUUCGGUCAAGGGGGAGCCCUCAAAUGGGAAAUCAUGAACCUCGUUUUAGGUCCCGCAUUCAGGAUAUUGAAGGGUCCCAAGGUAAGGCUGAUGUGUCUUGUGUUGUUUACAAAAUUGGUGGAUGCAUGCAAGAACUGUUAAAGUUGUGGAAGGAAUUUCAAUCAUCACAAGCUGAUAAAACAUGUGAAAGCUCUCAAAAUGGUCCUACUCUUGAAAUUCGGAUACCAGCUGAACAUGUUACUGCUACUAAUCGCCAAGUGAGGGGUGGACAACUAUGGGGAACAGAUAUAUACACGGUUGACUCUGAUCUGGUGGCUGUUCUUAUGCAUACAGGUUACUGUCGCCCAACUGCUUCUCCUCCUCCAUCUGCAGCUCAGGAGCUGCGUGCUACCAUCAGAGUUUUACCCCCACAGGAUUGUUACAUUUCUACACUGCGAAAUAAUGUCCGCUCACGUGCAUGGGGUGCUGCCAUUGGUUGCAGUUAUCGUGUUGAGCGAUGUAGCAUUGUGAAGAAAGGAGGUGGAAUCAUAGAUCUUGAACCUUGUCUCACACAUUCUUCUACUUUGGAGCCUACUCUUGCUCCAGUGGCUGUGGAGCGCACAAUGACUACAAGGGCUGCUGCUUCGAAUGCCUUACGUCAACAAAGGUUUGUACGUGAAGUCACGAUACAGUUCAACCUUUGCAUGGAACCUUGGCUUAAAUACAGCAUUAGUGCUGUUGCUGACAAAGGUCUAAAAAAGCCGCUCUUUACAUCUUCACGCUUAAAGAAGGGAGAAGUUCUAUACUUAGAAACUCAUUCCCGCAGGUAUGAGCUUUGCUUUAAUGGAGAAAAGACUGUGAAGGCUGUGGCAUCAUCUCAGGCAUUAGGAGUAGAGAAUGGGAGAUCUCAUUCCAGCUCGCAUCUUAGCAAUGGUGAAAGAAAUGUGGCAGAAAGUGAAAGCACUGUGGUGGAUGUAUUCCGAUGGUCUCGUUGUAAGAGACCUCUUCCACAAAAAUUCAUGCUCUCUAUUGGAAUCCCGCUCCCUCUUGAACACGUGGAGAUUUUGGAGGAGAAUAUAGAAUGGGAUGAAAUUGCAUGGUCUCAAACCGGGGUUUGGAUUGCUGGGAAAGAAUAUAAUUUGGCGCGGGCACAUUUUCUUUCCCCAAGCUAGAAAUAGAUUAGCUUCGUUUUGAAACAGGGUCUUCCUGAACUGUGUUGUAUGAAUAUUGCCUUUUAUCUUGUUUUUUUUUUAUGGAUUCGAAAACUCCUGCUUGUGGGGUAUAUUAGGCUGACUGUUGUGUUUAGAGUCGAACGUGUUGCUUAAUUUGGAGUUUAUUUAUAUAAUUAUUGUUGUGGUUUUAUAUGAGAUUGCGUAUGUGUAUCACAUAUUCGUGCACACAGAGUGGUCUUUUUAUCAUUAU